AUGACUACAGCUCAAAUCGAGCGCGUCAAUAGGUCUUGGUCAGAGCUUUGCCAUUCGGUCAAUCAGGUUCUUCAGGCUGGCAAUGGCGACCCCCACCAAAUUCAGCUGCAACUCAACGAGGUUGCUCUUUGGGAACAGUAUUGGACAGAGGCCCAAGUCUACUUCUCAGAUGACUACGUUGCGACCAUCAAUGCUGGACUUCUCAUGAUGAGGACUUCAUUAACUUCGGAAUUGUUCAUCUCCAAGGAUCCUCCGAAGCAUGCUCCCCUCCUUCAGCCAUGA